CUCAAUGUCUUCAGUUGAAUCCCUUUUCCGGACCUUUCCCGAUAAUUUAUCGUCACAAAGGAUACUGGAUAAAAAAUGUGAGAAAAAAGGAAGCAUUGUGGGAGGUGUUUUACUGAGAAACCGUAAUGAAGAUAUACCUCUCACGCCAUCACUUUUUGCCUACAAAAUGUCUUUGACUUCAGAAGAAUUGUACAAGCAAUUAUUUUACAGUCAUAUUCCUGAGACGUUGGCUCUGCAUGACAUGUCUUUGAUUGGGGAUCAAAAGACGACAUCAUUUCCUGUCAAUCGUCCAUUUUUUCAACCAUUUCCUUCUGAGCUUAUUUUUCAACGGUAUGAACCUGGAAAAUCUUAUGAGUUGCCGUUAGUACUUCGUAAUAUGGAUAAGGUUUCAAGAACAGCUCAUUUGAUUCAAAAUGAUACUCCAUACUUUAAAAUAAAAUGUUUGAGUACACAAGGGUCUAAAGUGGCAGCUGGUUUGUCACUUUCUUUCACAAUUGUUUUCUCUCCUGAUGCUAACCAGGAUUAUCGACACGACCUUAUGUGUGUGACUGAUAGAGAACUGUUCUCCCUUCCUGUAUUUUGCAUUGGCCCAAGAGCGGUUCUAGAAUUGCCUGAUGAUAUCUGUUUUGAUGAGGUUCCAGUGAAAGUAAUGAGUAAAAAGUUAAUAGGCGUGAGGAACAUUGGGAACUGCCAGGCCUCUGUAAAGUUUGAUACCAUGAAGCCGUUCUUUGUUGAACCCAUAUCUUUGAAAAUUGAAUCUGGUGCACUAGAAGAGAUAAAGGUUUCAUUCAUUCCUGAAAACACAGGAGAAGUCUCGAAGAGUAUGUUCAUCAUUUAUGAUACUGGAGAAAGACUUCAGAUUAAUCUUCACGGUCACGGACGAGAAUCGUUGGUUUAUCUUAGAGAUAACAAAGUGUCAGUGAACGGAACAUUCAUUGGAUUACAUUCGCAAACAAAAGCUUUCAUUGUAAACGACUCAUCCGAUGUUAUCAGUUUUAAGUGGAGUCCUUUUGAAAAUAGCGAAGAAGAGUCACUUGUGAAUGACUUAUUAGUUGGAACGUUGAAUAACGCUUGUGAUUUUAAAUCUUUACUAAAGCAAAAGUUGAUUACGUGGGUCAGGAAAUUUUCUGAUCAACAAAUACCAUAUCCAACAAAUAUUCAAACAAUGGAAUCUUCUCCAUUCAAUAUUGAACCAAUUGAAGGACGUAUUCAACCAUAUACAACAUAUGAAUUUAUUGUACAUUUUAAUCCAGAAAAAGCUAAUUUAUAUGAAGAUCUAUUUUAUUGUGAUGUUGAAGGUGUACAAAAACGUUUAAUUCUAUCAAUUCAUGGUGAAGGUUUAGGACCAAAAAUUAAAUUCUCAUAUAAAUAUUUAAAUAUGGGAAAGAUAUUUAUUGGUUCAAAGCAUAAAUAUGAAUUGGUUAUAUCUAAUACUGGAUUAAUUGAAACAAUGUUUUCAAUUCAUUGUAAAAAUAACACUGAAGGAGAUGAGAAUAGUCAAAAUAUAACUAAAUUUGGUAAAUAUUUUCAUCUUAUACCUGAUGAAGGAUUAAUUUGUCCUGGUGGUUAUCAAGUAAUACAAAUUGAAUUUAAUUGUAAUGAUUUACUUGGAGAAUUUAAUGAAAUAUUUCAAUUUGCUUUUGAUGGAUCAUCUAAUUUUGAAGAGAUUACAUUUAGUGGUACUGUGGUUGGACCAACAUUUCAUUUUGAUGUUCCAUCAGUGGAAUUUGAUCAAGUUUCUUAUGGAUUUUCAAAAGAGAAAAUUAUAACGUUGCAUAAUACUUCAUUUAUACCAAUGGAUUUUAUUCUUCGUAUCAUUGAUGAUGAUGAUGAUGAUGAUGAUGAUAAUGAUAAUGAUGAUAUGGAUGGUGAUAAUAACAAUGAACAAGAUGAACAAUUGAAUGUUAUUUCAAAUCAUCAUUCAAAUUUACAUAAAUCAUUUGAUAAUGCAAUAUUUCAAAUUACUCCAAACUAUGGAAAUCUACUUCCAAUGAGUUCAAUAAAUAUAUCCAUAAGAUUUAGUCCAAAAUAUUUAGGUUUAAAAAAGUAUAAAUUAAUUGUUGAUGUUAUAAAUGUUGGGAAAAAAGCACAUUGGUUACCAGUAUCUACUGAGGCUAUCCGUCCAGAUAUAAUUGUAACACCGGAAUUGAUAAAUUUGAAAAGAUGUUUUAUUAAUUAUCCCUAUACCAUUGAAAUAACAUUAACAAAUCAAUCAAUCGAACCAGCUAGUUAUCAGUUUGUUGAACAAUUAGCAACAGUAGAAAAAGUAAAAACUAUAAAACUACAAACUACUACAAAUCAAGAAAACGAUUCUAGUAAAGAAUCCAAGUUACAAUAUUCAAUAAAUAAUCCAGAGGGAUUUAUUAAUGGAUUAAAUUCUGUUAAACUGUCAAUAACAUUUAAAGCAAAAGUAUUAGGAUCAAUUACAAGUGAAUUAUGUUUCAAAAUUUGUGGCAUCAAUGAGAACCCAUUGAAAAUACCUGUAAAAUGUAUGGGAGAAGGUCCAGUGUUACAUGUUGAUCAAACAAAAUUAGAAUGGGGAACAAUCCCUGUAUUACAACCAGUUGUUAAAAUAUUAAGAAUUUCAAAUGAGUCGUGUAUUGAUGCUAAUUAUAAUGCUAAGCUGGUACGAAAUGAUACUGUGUAUAAAGCUGAACCAUAUUCUGGAACUAUUCCAGGUUAUAGUCAUAUAGAUUUGAAUAUAAUUGCAAAUCUAGAUGAUAUUAUAUUAUUUAAAGAUCAGUUAAUUGUACAAGUUGAAAAUACUUCAAAACCAUUAAAAAUUGAACUAAGUGCAACUGGUCAAGGUGGUACAAUUGUAACACAACCAUCAAUGAGUUCUGUAUUAAACUUAGGAAGUCAAUUUAGUGUUAAUCCAAUGAGAAAAUAUUUUAAAGUUAUAAACAAAGGAAGGAGGUCACAACAAAUAAUUUGGUCUAUAGAUGGACAAUCACCACGUAAAUCAAUCCAUAUGGAUGGUCAAUUAUCAGAUAAAUCGGAAUCAAGAUGGUCAAUUACACCACAUCGUUUUGAUCUUAAUCCAGGAGCAUCUACAGAAAUUUGUCUAGAAGUUCAAUGUGAUAGUGUUAAGACGAUUCAUGAGAAAAUUUUAUGUCAUUCAAUUAUUGGACGAAGUGCUAAAUAUUUAAUUAAAACAAUUGAUGUUUCUAUUGACUUUAUUAAACCAGUUAUUGAAUUAUCUACAAGUGAACUGUUUUAUCGAAUAGAAAAGGCACCAUCUGAUGAAUUGUCUAUACAGUUCAAUCAUUUCACAAUGACUAAUAAAGUAGAUUUAUUAUUAACAUGUUUAUUGGAAGUUUGUAGUCCAUUCAACUUGUUCAUUGAUGAAAUUUACUCAUCUACAAUGGUAAGAAAUGAAUAAAUUUUUAUCAUAUUUUAUUAACUUUCCUAAUUAUUUCUUAAUUUAAAAUCCUCAUUUUAAAUACUGAAUGUUAAAUUGAUCCCAGAAACACAGGUUAACAACUACUUACCCAAUUGAAGUGACACCAAUUACCAGGGAUAAUAAUAUCAUUCAUCCAAAUUUCCAUGUUACUUAGAUUCAACGCUUGAUUUUCUAAUCUGUUAAACGGGUUACAUUUUAACGACCGAUUCUCAUACAUUAU